AUGUCCCCAAACAGAGCUGAAACCGACUUGCCACCCACCGAGGUGGCCAAUAUAGUGCCACCUAUUCUGGAAGAUCCAGAAGCCACUACUGAUGGGCGGAUUUGGUCAGAGAAUCCAGCCACUCCUCAAGAUGGCCAGCAAGUGGAGGAGGAUCCUGGCUACGAGGAUGGCGCCUUUGAAGAAGACGGCGCCUUUGAAGAAGACGGCGCCUUUGAAGAAGACGGCGCCUUUGAAGAAGACGGCAACUUUGAAGAAGACGGCAACGUCGAAGAAGAUGGCAACUUUGAAGAAGACGGCAACUUUGAAGAAGACGCCAAAGUCGAAGAAGAAGGUACCAUUGAAGAAUGUGUUGUUGGUGAAAAGAUGCACGAAAAGAGCACUGAUGACGCUGCCGGCCAGGCUCCACCGGGGUCUACAGAAGAUGCCGAAUCGGUAGGCGAGACCGUGCAUGAUUUUGUAUCAGGAGCCACGCAGCCAGAGAUAGACUUCGUUCUCAACACAGACCCAGCGGAGCGCAGUGCUGCCAACCAGGAAACCUCUGACGGGGAUUCGUACAAACAACCCAACUGA